AUGAUAAAAAUAAAUAAAAUUUUAUCAUUAUUAAUCAUAUUAUUAAUUAUUAAUUGUAAUUAUCAAUUUGUAAAAGCUGAUGCAGAAUCAAAAGCAUUGGAUAUUAUAAAUAGAUAUCGUGAUAUUGCAAGAUAUACAUUUUUUACAACUGAUGGUCAUCUUGAAAAAUAUCCAUCAGGAUUUUGUGGUGGUACAACAAUUGAAGAUUGUAAAUGGGAUGAAUAUAUUGAAGCAGUAAUAUUAUUAUCAGGAAUUACCUUUAUAAUUGCAGCAAUUACAUUAAUUUUUGGUAUAAUAUUUUGGAUUUUUAGAUGUCUUUGUUUUGGUGGUUGUAAACCAACACAUGGUAUUCUUUGUCCAGGUCCAAAAUAUGACCCAGAUAUUGGUGAAGGUUACUCAAAGGGUAGAGUUUUUAUAUUAAAAUUGGUUACAUUAAUUAUGGUUGCAGGUUGUGUUGCAGUUUUCAUUACAAGUUUAAAGGGUAAUUCCUCUGUGACCUCUGGUAUUAACAAUUUGAGUGACACUGUUUUCAAUAAAACCUCAUACACUUUAGAACAAUUGAUUGAGAUUAGUAAUCAAUUAAAUGAGACUAAAUAUCAACAAUUUGAUCAAAAACAAGAGAUUCAAUCACAAUUGACCCAAUUGAUUAGCGAUGGUGAGGAACUCGAGAGUAAAGGCGAGGAUAUCAGUUCCAACGCAAAGGAUAUAAAUAAUAUUAGAACAAAGAUCAUUAUCGUCGGUUUAGUAUUUUGCAUGGUAGUGGCAGGCCUCAUUGGUGUAUCAGCACUAAUUGGUCUACCAAGAAUUUCACGUGCAGCCUCUAUCGCUUUGGUAAUUUUAAUUCCAUUCAUGUGGAUCGUUUUCUCUGUUCAUUAUCCAAUCAAUAGUGUCGUUGCUGAUAUUUGUAUAAGUUAUGAUACAACUGGUGUACAACAAUUAUCAAAUUUUACAAAUCCAAUUAUCGAACAGGUCUUUGAAGGCUGUCAAAAUGACAAUAAUACCAUCUCUGUUUUCGAGGAUUUACAAUCAUUGGUUAAUAAUCUACUCCAGAAUGCAACCGAUACAAGUUGUGAUAAAAUCAAUGACGCUUGCCAAUUGGCUUUCCCACGUUAUCCUAAUGAUAACCCAUUAUCAGUACCAUAUCAACAAAAUGUUUUAGAUUGUCCACCAACUCUAACUUGUAGCAAUACAACAUUAAGUAUUUAUUUAUUCAAUACUACUGUCCAUGACUUUAAUGUUAAAUGUAAGAAUGCACCAACUUGUGGUGAUUUAUCAACUUGUGAUCCAUCCAUUCUUACCGAAGUUAUGUCUUGUGAUUGGGUAGAUGUUAGUUCUGUUAAUUCUUGCUCUCAAGGUGGUUGCCAAUACAACCAACAAGUUGUAAAUACUACAAAACAAAUUAUGCAACUUUAUGAUAUCUUAACUUCACUCACUACUCUUUGGACUGAUAAAGUUGUACCAUUAAUUAAAUGUUCAUAUCUUAUGCCAUUCAUAGAUGAAGUUCAAAAUAUUGUUUGCGUUGAUGAAGUUAAUUCUUUAGAUCUCUUAAUAGCUCCAACUGCAGUGUUUGCCAUUUUAUUAACUGGACUUGGUAUUACUGGUAUCUUAGGAAGUAAGAGAUUUAAUUCCAAAUACCGUGUAAAGGGAAGUAGAUCAGCUUAA